UAUGGUCUAAAGAAGAAAGAGGAAGCCCAGGAAGAGGAGCCAGAACCUUUGGCUGAUGGAAGGAUCGGGCGAAAGAAGAAAACGCCGGCAGAGUUAGCAGCUGAAGCCAGCAAGGACGAGUCAGACGACGAGGAGUUUUCAAAAUUCCCCACAAACCUGAGUGAGUUGUCAACCAAAGUCAGCGAGAUUCCUGCAAAGUUUGCCCAGGGUGUAGGGGAAGUAACACAGAAAUGUCUCUUACAAUAA